CUAAGACUAGAGGCGGGCUGGAGCGUGGAGGCGGGAGGCGGGCGCGUCGGCGCGGGCGUGGCUAGGCGGCAGUAGGCGACGCGUCGGCGGCUCAGGCGUGCGCCCGCGGCGUGUGGUGCCAGUGCGGCUGCGAGCCGGCGACUGCGGCGUGCGACGACGUCUGCGAGCCGGGCCGGCGACUGGGGUGUGCGGCGUGCAUCUGCGAGCCGGCGUGAAGCAGGGUCACGGGCGGCGCAUGGACGACCGUUGAGGCGUCGCCCACAGCCGGUCGGCCCCUCUCCUCCCGUCCUCUCCCCUCGGCCCUUGCAUGCCUCCUCUCCCCUGUCCUGUGGCCCUAUGCUCCCACUGGUCACGCUGCUGCGGCCGCUCCCUCGCGCCGUGCUCCGCCGCCGUUGCUAGGCCGUCUCGCCGAUCAUGCCUGACUCGAUUCAAUCGAUUGCCGGAGGUGAGGUUUUUGGAUUUUGGAGUAGCGGUGUGAAAAAGGAUUAGAUUUCUCAUUCCCUCUCAUUUCCUUUUCCGACUACACGAACUAGAGAUUAGAUUUCUCCCGCCAUACAUAUCCUGUCCCUAACCCAAAUGCGUGAUGUGGCCGCCGCUUGCAGCGCUGCUCCGUCGCCUAUCCUCUCACCCGUUUGACUCUCCCGCCAUCCACGCUAACCUUGUCAAGUCCUCCUCCAUCUCCAGCCCUAUCCCUGCCACCGCCCUCCUCACCGCCUACGCCAAUGCGGGCCUCCCAGCCGCGGCGUCCCGUCUGUUCGACGAAAUGCCCACCCGGGAUGCCGUCGCCUGGAACGCGCUCCUCGCCUGCCUGGUCUUCCAUGCUCGGCCCUGCGCCGCCGUGGCCGCCUUCCGUGACAUGGCCACCGCGGGGUUCACACCCACGGCUACAACCCUCUGCACCAUGGCCAAGGCGUGUGCCACGUCUCGCGCCCUUCGUCCUGGCCGUCAGGUCCACGCGCGCAGCAUCCUCGCGUGUCAAGGCGAUGUCAUCAUGGCAACAACGCUUGUAGAUCUCUACAUGAGCUGUGGCCUUGUUGAGGAAGCGCUGAGGCUGUUUAUGUGCACGGAUUGCCCGAAGGAUGUUGCUCUAUACAAUGCUGUUAUUUCAGGUUGUGUGGAGAAUGGCAGAUUCAGGGAGGCUUUCUUUAUUCUGGGGAGGAUUGAGCUUAAUGGAAUUACGCUGACAUGUGCUCUCACUGCCUGCUCAGCAACAGCGAAUUUGAUGUAUGGUAUGCAGGUGCAUUGCAAGGCUCUCCGUGGUGGGUUUACUUUAGAGACGAUCUUAUGCAAUGCACUUAUUGAUAUGUACGCAAAAUGUGGGCGGACAACGGCUGCUCGUAUGGUGUUUGAUCGAAUGGCUUGCAGGAAUGUGGUUUCCUGGUCCAGUAUGAUUGAUGCUUAUAGUCACCAUGGGCAUGGGGAAGCAGCAUUAGAUUUGUUUAAAAGGAUGGAUGAAACUGUACCAGUGGUCUUGCCAAACGCCAUUACAUUUCUUGCUGUUCUUUCUGCUUGUGGACAAUCUGGUCUUGUGGAUGAAGGCAGAGCUAUGUUUCAUUUGAUGAAAAGACAAUAUGGGAUUAAUCCGGGACCAGAGCACUAUGCAUGUUUUAUUGAUUUACUAGGCCGUGCAGGCCAGAUUGAUGAGGCAUGGGAUCUCUAUUGUAGUUUCAGUACAACCCGAAGUGAGCUUUCUGGUUCCAUCUGUGUGGCUAUGUUGAAUGCAUGUAGAGCUAAUAUGGAUGUGGUGAGAGGCAACAAAGUAGCUCUGCACCUUCUGGAGGUUGAUCCAGAAAAUCCAGGAAGUCAUGUGCUAAUAUCGAAUUUUCAUGCUGCUGCUAGACAAUGGUUUGAAUCGGAUGAAUCAAGGAGGAUUAUAAUUGAUAAGGGUCUCAGGAAAGAAGCAGCUAGUAGUCAUAUCUCCUCCACUGGCUAGAAACUGAUUUUGCACUAGUCUGGAAGUACAACUCAUCAGCUUAGCAAAAUUAUACAGCACAAGGAUACCAAGAACUUGGGAAACCAAGCCACAAACACAGCUCAUGCUAAUUGGACUUGAUGAGUGAUAUUGUUAAAGGGACUCACAAGGACGCUAAGUGGGAAAGGGGAACAUUUUCGGUUCAGUGUUUACUAUGGACAGGAUAUGAGAUUAUAUGGUAGGACCAAUUUUUCUCGCACUAGUGUACAUUUGUAAAGCAGUCAUCUUGUUUCCAAGACUAUGCAUUUGAAAGACUGGUCUUGCACCAGUUCUGUGGUGACAGGCAUUAGUACGACAGCACUGAACGAACCGUCUACUGGCAAUGAAUGCUGUUACUUCUGCCUGAGACAUUGGAGGUAAUCUUUAGCAGCUAGCGCCCCAUUUUGGAACCCCUUCUCUGAGGGAGGGAGAGAGAUGGUUUGGAAUGGCUUUGGGGAGGAGAGAAGAGAGGGGCCUUGAGCUGAGCCUUGGCCUCCAUGGAUACUUCUCCAUCUCAUCAUCACCAGGCCAAGCAGCCAAACAAUUGCAGUUUUUGGAAGAAAGAACUAUGCACCGGUUUAAUUCUACCCAUAUGGCCAUAUUCUCUUUUGUUUAGCGCAUGGCGGGGGCUAUUUCUUCUAAUAUGCCAAGGUCUUAAGGUAUCAAGGACUGCAGACACCUGCUAUAUGCUAUCGCCACUAAGUUAAUUUCAAGCUAGUUGGGGAUUGAUUUUGCAACUGAAUCAAACUACAUAUCUUGGUCUGAAUCCAUUCCUCAAUUUUCUUCUUGGUCCAUCUCCACGCUCGUUCUGGCGUUCCUUUGUUGGUCGAUCUCAAGUUUGCACCUCAGCAUUUCCUCACUCCCAAUAUUACUUGUGUUCUUUCUUGGCAGCAAACUCGAUAUUUUUUCUUUUUUUUGUGGGCUGGGCUUGUUAAGUAACAAAGAGAAUUGUUGUUUCAUUGCGUUUUUAGAUGGAUCCCUAGGUUUGUUUUCUAAUGAGCCAAAUAACCACACUGAGGUUGUACUAUGUUUGAAGCCCAACAGACAACUAAACACAACGUGCCUGCUUAUAUGUUUGAAGCCCAGACCCGACCUAAUAAGAGGUGUAUUUUGGACCUGUUAAAAUUUACUCCUAUUUACUAAUGUUACACUUUAGACCAUCUUA